UCAAUAGCUCAAGAAAAGUGUCAAAUGUACUUAUUGAUCAAUACCAAGUGACAGUGACAGUCGGUGUGUGGCCUAACCACAUUACUACUUUAUAAUCUGUGGUGAAUAUUGUCCCGUGGAACCGUAUUAGCAACCUUUCGUUGUCAACUAAGUUAACACGGUUAGCUAGGUUAAGUAAGGAUAGCAGUCCUGUACGUUUUACUUGAGUAGGGAAGCUAACGUUAACGUUACUAGGGAAGUAAUAAGGUUUUGGUCGAGGAUGGUGCCGAUCAAGAUAAAACGUGGCUAACUAGUAGCUAGAACAAACCUUUAGUCAGUUAAGUUAGUCAGCUAACGUUAGCGAACAAAGCUGUGUUUAACUGAAUGAUCUAACUAGCUACAGUAUGCUAACGUUAUAACUAUGUUUUGUAGCUUCUGAACAACUUAAUGUGAUGUAUGUGUUAGCUGACAGUCUCAUUUACUACUCAGCGGGUGUUAUAUUUCUCUCCUGUCUGCUUCUCCAGUUAUCAAGUGGGAACCCAGCCUAUGAGAGCUACUACAGACAGCUGGAUCCAGGAAACACAGGCAGAAUAUCAGCUGGAGAUGCGGCUCAGUUCCUUAAGAAGUCAGGGCUGUCAGACAGUACAUUGGGGAAGAUUUGGGAUUUGGCAGAUUCAGAAAGAAAAGGCUAUUUGGAUAGACGGGGUUUCUUCAUUGCUGUGAGACUUGUGGCCUCAGCACAGAGUGGAAAUGAUAUCAGCCUUCACAAUCUCAACCAACACUUAGCUGCACCCAAAUUUAAAGAUACUAACAGCCCAUUAUUAAGUGUUUCAACGACGGGACCUGAUUUACAGUGGGCAAUUAGGCCUGAUGAAAAAGGGAAGUUUGAGGCCAUUUUUGAGAGUCUGUGCCCUGUAAAUGGUCUCCUCCCGGGUGAUAAAGUCAGGCCAGUUUUAAUAAACUCCAAGCUACCUCUGGAUGCAUUAGGAAAGAUUUGGGAGCUAAGUGAUGUGGACAAAGAUGGACAGUUGGACAAAGAAGAAUUCACAGUGGCAAUGCAUCUUGUGUAUCGUGCUAUGGAAAAGGAGCCUGUCCCAACUGCCUUACCCACUUCCCUCAUCCCCCCUUCUAAGAAGAAGAAGUCUGCAGGCUCGCUGCCCGGUGCUGUGGCUGUGCUGCCUGCUCUGUCAGGGUUUGCGGCUGGUCCGGCUGCUCUCAAAGAGACCCUGCGAAGCACUCCUCCUCUGGGCAACGCUUCUCCCUUCAGCACCAGUACCGUCAACCUCUCUCCAAAACUCUCCUUUAAAUCCAGCUCACCGCCAGUGGUGAGCUGGGUGGUACCGGUAGCUGACAGGGAGCGAUAUGAUGACAUCUUCAAGAAAACAGACGACGACAAUGACGGCCUCGUUAACGGAACUGAGGUCAUAGAGAUUUUCAUGCAGUCCAGUCUCUCCCAGACUAUGCUGGCACAGAUAUGGGGACUCGCUGACACCAAACAGACGGGCAAGCUGAACCGUGAGCAGUUCUCUCUGGCCAUGUACCUGAUCCAGCAGAAGGUCACUAAAGGCGUAGACCCUCCUUCCUCUCUAACCCCAGACAUGAUUCCCCCAUCAGAAAGGACUGCAGCUUCAGCAGCGGGCCCUAUUUAUUCGGGGCUUAUGUCAGCUGCGAGGCCUGAACUUGCUGCACUUGCUAAUAUGCGCAGAGACAGCACCAGCUCCACGGGAUCGGCCGAGCUGACGGGCAUCAAAGAGCUGGAUGACCUCAGCCAGGAAAUAGCUCAGCUGCAGAGAGAGAAAUUCAUUCUGGAGCAAGAGAUCAGAGAGAAGGAGGAAACCAUCAGACAACAAAAUAGUGACGUUCAGGACAUGCAGAGUGGAUUGGACAGAGAGAGCAGCAGCCUGCAGGACCUGGAUUCGCAGAAGCAGGAUGCCCAGGAGCGUCUGGAGGAGAUGGACCAGCAGCGCUCCAAGCUGGAGGGAAUGCUCAACGACGUCAAGCAGAAGUGCCAGGAAGAGUCGCAUAUGAUUUCGUCGCUGCAGAGCCAGAUCCGCUCUCAGGAGAACGACUUCCAGAGCCAGGAGGAAGAAAUGAGCCGCACCAAGACGGACCUGAGCCGGCUGCAGGAUGAGGAGGCCCUUCUCGAGCAGAGUCUGCUCUCUGGCCGGGUCCAGCUGGACAGCAUCACUAAGUCUCUCAAAACCACUCAGGAAGAGAUCAACCAGGCUCGCAGUAAGCUGUCGCUGAUCCAGGAUAGCCAAAAGGAGGUGACCAAGACCAUUGAGCAGUACAACAGCGCUUUGAGCGACAUCAACGGAGGAAACUCAAGCAACCUGCCGGACGUAGGCGAAGGGUUUGCAGAGAGGCAGAACGGAGGUUUCAGGAGUGCGGACGACUCUUUCAAGUCAAGGAUUGCCAUGUUCAACAACAGCAGUGCCAAGGAGCCUGCAGCAGACCCCUUCCAGACAGAGGACCCCUUCAAGUCCGACCCUUUCCAAGAUCCGUUUGGAGGAGAUCCUUUCAGAGAAAGCGACCCCUUCAAAGGCACCUCACCUGAAGACUUCUUUAAGAGAACUGAUAAGUCAAACCUGUUUGGAUCCUCAGAGCCCUUCAGCAGAAAGCCCACUCCCCCGCUCAAGCCAAGUGCCCUCAGCAGUGGGGACCCUUUCCCAUCACACAGCCAAAAACCAGAGGCGUUUGGGACAGUGGACCCCUUCGGAAGCAACUCUUUUGGUAGCAAGGGGGGUGGAUUUGCUGACUUUAGUCAGAUGUCAAAGAAGUCGGACAACCCUGUCCUCCCGUCAAAGAAAAAUGUGCCUAACCGGCCUGCGCCUCCCUAUGGAUCUGAAUAUGUCAAGUUUGGAAGUGAAAACCAGCAGCUGGAGUGGGUCAAGCGGGAGAGCGAGCGUGAGGAGCAGGAGAGGCUGCGGAGGCUGCGGCUCCAGGAGCAGCAGGACCUGGAGCUGGCGAUCGCUCUCAGCAGGGCCGACAUGCCCAGCGCCUGACCGGCCGGGCCUGACUGCAUCUUUUUUUGACCUCUUCCGUCCGCCUUACGGCCCUCCGUCCGCAGGCUCGUGACAUCUGCACCAACACUGGCCCGUCAUGACUCGCAGCCCCUGUUACCAAUUUGUGUAAGAGACCAGUGUUUCUCCAGCCGUGGCUGGACUCGUGUCAUACGACUCCACAUUUAGCAACCAGUUACGGUUCAUUGCUCCCAAACUACAUGACAACUGUAAUCAAGGACAAUACGGAGCCGCUUGAUUUAAAGCCGGCUUCAUCCUGCAAGAACAUAGCGAUUUAACCCACACCAGCAGGCUUCUCCACUACAACCCAACAUCUAGCUCCAUAUCUUGUUAUGGCUAAUCACCCUGCCUUAUCCAAAAGCCUUUCUGUUGCAAGAAACCAACCUUUUAAAGAAUAUUUUACUGUUUUAUUUAUAUACAAAAGCAAUGAAUCUGUUGUGUAUGAAGUACUUGUAAAAUGCACUGUAUGAACAGUUUUUUAACUAUCCUAUAGAACCUAGAAAACGACAUUUGUAUUGAAAGUCAAACCAGAUGGGUUAACUUCUCUGGUGGCCUACGAUCGCUUUGUCCAAUUUCCGACUUUUUUUUUUUUUUAAGAAACUUCAUCUACUGUAAAUAUUGUUGGAUGGUGGUUUUAUGUACUAUCCCUAGAAAAGACCAUAUUUAAAAACAAGCCUGUCCUACAGGACUGGAGCUUUGUGAUGUGAUCAUCUAUGACAUGCUUUAGGUUUUUUUUAGGUGUUUCUUGCCAUUUAUGCCUGCGUAUGGAAUAUUUAUGGCCUUAAAGUACAAGGCUUGAAGACAUUUUUUUUUUUUUUUAAUAUACUCAAACCUUUAACCGGGAUCUACGUGUCAAAGUAGACAUAUGAUGUUUAGGAAUCCCUAACAAGCAUUUAAGUCCAAACAUAGCUUUGGUUAAAUAUAGUUUAGCCCCGUAUCAUCAGUUGAGGUCUUCCUUUCUGAUGAACAAAUACACCUGAUGUCUACAGCCUGUGCGUGUCAGAUGGUUUGUCAUUGGUUGCCUUGUUGUUAGGCCCAAACAACUUGCCCUCCCAUACAACUAAGAGCCUCUAUGAAAUGGAAGUAGUGUAAAUCUACAUUGUUUAUACUGGUGCUGUUACAUUUAGUUGGAUCCUUUCUACUGCUUCACACUACCACUGAUGCUCGAGGACAUCUGCUUCUAAUUUUGUGCUUUUCUCUCAACACUCAAAUCAACCUUUGGAUCUUUUUUUUUUUUUUGUGGAUUUUGUUUUUUUUUUUUCCUCAUUUUAUUAAUGUCUUAUACUCCAGUUAAAGUACAUUUGUAUAAAUGACUUAAAAUAUUGCAUCCUUGUAAUUAUAUUAAACUAAUCAGGUUUAUUCGGCACAUAAUGUAUGCACUGCAUAUUCCAGACCUUACUGGACAUGUACAGAGUGAUGGCGCCUUAUUUAUCAACAUAUCAACAUUGUAAUGUUAAACAGUAUGUAUGUGAUUAUUUAAAAAAAAUCACUGUAAUGUCUUUUAAUUGAAUAAAAGUGAUUUUUAACAGUAAGUUUAAAGGUAAGUGUCAUCUUUUUAAAUCAGAUAUUGUAGCGACACCAGAAAUAUGUGCGCUAGUUACACGUG